ACAUGACGUCAUCUGUCACGUGUCCAUGUUAUUGCCCGGCGCGAGUUUGUGCAUUUGUACCUCAGUGGACUUCGUAUGACUCGGAUGAAGAAAUAUUUCGAUAAUGGUUCCUGUGCACGGUUUACUACGUCAAGCUAGGAUAGAUUGUUCACGUUCUUGGCAUUUUACAUUCUCGAAGAAGAUGCUGAGUUCAUCAACUGCUCGGAAACCUUUGGUUGCCGUCUGCCAAUUCACAGCGACAGCUGAUAAAGAUGCAAAUUUCAAAGUGUGCUCCGAGCUUAUAUCCGAAGCCAAACGGAGAGGAGCGCAGGUAGUAUUUUUACCAGAGGCCACAGACUUCUUAGCAGAGAGCAAAGUGCAAGCCCAGGAAAUGGCAGAGCCAUUGGACGGGCCUAUUUUGACGAAGUAUAAAAAUCUUGCGAAAGAACUGGGGAUUUGGAUAUCGAUAGGAAGCCUUCAUGUGAAGGCACCAGACGGUAGGAAGGUACAGAACACGCACGUUCUGCUAAACAAUAGCGGCAGCACGGUGAGCACUUACAGCAAGUGUCACUUGUUCGACGUUGACAUUCCUGGAUUUCGCGUCAAAGAAUCUGAAUACACAGCUCCGGGAAAGGAGCUGCCAAGCCCAGCAGCCACACCCGUUGGGAAGGUCGGACUUGGCAUUUGCUACGACGUUCGAUUUCCAGAGUUCUCUCUGAGCCUUACCAAAAUGGGCGCAGAUAUUCUUACAUAUCCAUCCGCUUUUACCGUGCCCACGGGCAUGGCUCAUUGGGAGUCCCUACUUCGUGCAAGAGCAAUCGAGAGCCAGUGCUAUGUGGUUGCUGCAGCACAAGUUGGCAAGCAUAACCCAAAAAGGGCUUCUUACGGGCAUGCCAUGGUGGUCGAUCCUUGGGGCUGCGUGACGGCUCAGUGUUCCGACACGGUGGGCAUCGUCACGGCAGAAAUCGACGCGACGGUGAUCGGAAAAGUUCGCCAGGGCAUCCCGGUCUGGAAUCAUCGACGACCCGACCUCUACGGGAACCUCUCGCCCUUGGCCGCGAGAUGUCAGCCCACGGGUAUAGAUGCGACACCGAAGUACCAGUUCGGACAAGUGGCCUUACGUUCCUCCUUCCUGUUCUGCAAGACGAGCUUAUCGAUGGCGUUUGUCAACAAGAUGCCCGUAGUGCCAGGACAUGUGCUGGUAUGUCCUCUCAGACCUGCACUGAGGCUACGGGACUUGUCAGGCGACGAGGUCGGAGACUUGUUUAGCUUAGUACAGAGAGUCCAGGCAGCCAUAGAGAAACAUUAUUGUAGUAGCUCGUCAACAGUCUCGAUACAGGACGGUCCUGAUGCAGGCCGCACGAUAGACCACCUUCAUGUGCACGUCGUUCCGAGGAGGCCCGGAGAUUUUGCGAAGAACGAUGACGUCUACAUGCAGCUGGAAAAGCACGACAAGGACCCAUCGAGGCCCAAAAGAACGGAUGAAGAAAUGGCAGCCGAAGCAAGACAACUUAGGGCUUAUUUUUGAUUAUUUGUAAUACGUCAAUCUUCCUCCUUCGAAAUAUGAAUUAAGAAUCUUUGGUUUUAUUAAAUCCACCACAUAUC